UCGAAACGCCGGCAGUAUUGCGAGUAGCCUGAGUCCUGUCGGUUGUACUGUGUCGCGUGUGCCGGUUAUUGUGAAGUGCGUGAUAUUUUUGUUUAUAUUGCGAUUUAUUGGAAUGGAAUAAUGUGAUUAUUAUCAAAAUUGUAUAGAAAAGUGUUCAUAGGAAAGUGCAAAGUGAACGAUGUCGCAAAUAAAGUUAUUUGUGUUGUUUUGUGUAUUUGUGACCUCAACUCAUUGUGCGAAAUCUUACCAGAGCACCCGCAUAACAUCGGACCAGGAUAGUUUUCCGCACCAUGGACGUUGCGAACCUAUUACAAUACCUUUUUGUAUAGACAUACCUUACAAUGAAACGAUGAUGCCUAAUUUAUUAAACCACGGAAAACAGGAUGAGGCUGGCCUGGAAGUGUCGAUGUACUUUCCACUGGUCAAGAUUAAAUGCAGUCCAGAUCUGCAGUUCUUUCUGUGUUCCGUUUACGUUCCAGUUUGCACGAUUUUAGAAAAACCUUUGCCGCCUUGCAGGUCGCUGUGCUUGUCCGCACGGAAUUGCGAACCAUUAAUGAACAAGUUUGGCUAUUCCUGGCCGGAUCAUCUGGAAUGUAGCAAAUUCCCUGAGGCCGGCCUUUGCGUGGCUGAGAACUCGACGGGAAGCGCGGCCGUUGGGCCGAACGCAGGCUCUUCGGUGGCGAGCGGUCCUGGAGCUGUUCACACGCAACAGGCGGGUAACACGUUUCCAGCGUACGGCCCGCCGCGGGAUUUAGGAUUUGUUUGUCCCGAGCAAUUCAAGACACCUCCGGACUACGAUUAUUCCCUUACAGUCGCAGGCAAGACCGUCACAGAUUGCGGAGCACCAUGCGAUUCGAUGUUUUUUGAUGAACAACAACGUCGUCUGGCAAAAUAUUGGGUCGGCACGUGGGCUAUUAUAUGCGUGGUAUCGUGUUUGUUUACAGUGGUGACUUUCUUAUUAGACACGGAUAGAUUCCGAUAUCCCGAAAGACCGAUAAUCUUUUUAAGCGUAUGUUAUUUAAUGGUGGCCGCAGCGUAUGUCGGUGGUUUUGCGGCAGGUGAUACAAUUUCCUGCAUGGAACCCUUCCCGCCUUCGGUUAAUAUCGACAGACUGCAAAUGGUGUCCGUUAUAACGCAGGGCACCAAACAUGAGCCAUGUACUGUCGUGUUUAUGAUUCUGUACUUCUUCUCGAUGGCAUCGUCCAUAUGGUGGGUGGUGCUGACCCUGACGUGGUUCUUAGCCGCCGGACUAAAGUGGGGCCACGAGGCGAUCGAGGCUAACGCGCAUUACUUUCAUCUGGCCGCGUGGGCAGUACCCGCUGUCAAAACUAUCUGCAUACUUGCCCUCGGCAAAGUUGAAGGUGACGUCUUAUCCGGUGUCUGUUUCAUUGGCCUCUGGGACGCUGCGGCUCUUCGGGGCUUCGUUCUGGCGCCUCUUUGCGUGUACCUCGCCUUGGGCACAGUUUUCUUACUCGCCGGAUUCGUAUCUCUCUUCCGUAUUCGAACUGUGAUGAAACACGAUGGAACAAAGACUGAUAAAUUAGAAAAACUUAUGAUCCGAAUUGGACUGUUCAGCGGCCUUUAUAUUUUACCAGCGUUGACUUUAAUCGGAUGUUACUUCUACGAACAAUCGUAUCUGGACGAAUGGAUGGUGACAUGGAAUCAUGAUAUGUGCUCGAGGAGCUUUUCGAUUCCUUGUCCUUUGAACAGAAACGCGGCUGGUUUGUCCAGGCCGUUGUUUGAGAUUUUUAUGCUGAAGUAUCUGGUGGCGAUGCUGGUUGGAGUUACAUCCAGCGUUUGGCUUUGGAGUGGAAAAACAGUAGUCACGUGGAGGAGAUUUUUGGAUGGUCUUGCUGGACGGAGAGAAGCCUACGUAUGAGAUUAUAUACGAAGGAAAUUUAAGAAUUGUGCUAAUUUUUAAGAUGCUGCCAAACUAGUUAUUACAAUAUAUUGACUGUAUAAAAAGUGUUAGAAUUAGGUAUGUUUGUGCUUAAAUCAAGUUUGAUGUUUUAUGAUAUUGUAAAUAAUGUCGUGAGUGCAACAAAUUAAUGUGUGUAUGAA